UAUGGGGUGGUUGAUGUACGGGGUUGCAGCAGGAUCUUUGCGGCGUUGAUUUCGGUGUUUCUCUGCAGCGAAGUUGAUGGUCUCCAGCAGGAGCGGUAGCUCUGAGCUCAUGUCUGCACUGUGCAAAGGGCACACAUGACGUUAGAAAUGCACUUUAACACCAUCCGAAACUAAUUCAGGCUUUUGCAUGACCACCUACCUGUUUAUUUAAAUUCCACAGCAGGUACAGAUGAACUAUUUGACCUGAACGUUGUUGUUUCUUGCUAUAGAAACAACCUAAUCAUUGUGCUUACCCCUUUUUUUUUUAUAACAAGUCCCGCCUCCUACGUUAUGAUUGGUUAGCUGAUACUUACAAAAAUUGCGUCGAUUGGUCAGUUGAGAAUUUUUUCAUAUGACGUCAAGCUAGCGACUGUGCAAACAUUUCUUAACCUUUUUAUUAUUAUUAUUAUUUUAAACGUGUUAGUUGUUGUUAUUGUUUUAGGGAGAUUCCACGUUAUAUUUCCUAACUUGACAGUUUGGCGACUUUUCUGUGAAUAUGAAUAUGGAAGAACUGCUAAUGCCGUUGUGUGUAUCCAUGUAAUUUGUCCGUGGAGAAACACGUCGUGGAAUCUAUAUUCCAAAUACUUCCGCAAUCAAGGAAGCGAGAUCAACUGAAACACAGCAGGGUCUUACAUGGCUCACACUGGCAGGAAAGAUGCUCCUGAACUUCCAGACUUUGCUUUGCUUAAAAGACUGGCCAAAGAUCAGCUGAUCUAUCUCCUGGAACAGCUCCCAGGGAGGAAGGACUUGUUUAUUGAUGCAGAUUUGAUGAGCCCACUCGACCGAAUAGCCAAUGUUACCACACUCAAGCAACAUGAAGUGGACAAACUCUAUAAAGUUGAGCUCAAACCAAUCUUCAGUGUUUCAGAUCAACUCUGCUUCCUGAUACGUCCUCGAAUCCAGACGGUGAAGUGGAUUGCAGAUAUUGUAAACUCUGACAAGGCAUCUGGCAGAUUCAGAAGAUAUAAAAUUAUAUUUACGCCUCAGAAGUUCUAUGCAUGUGACACAGUUUUGGAGGAACAGGGCGUCUACGGUGAUGUGACGUCUGAUGAAUGGUCUUUCUACCUCCUUCCACUCGACGAUGACAUCAUCAGUCUGGAACUGCCUGAAUUCUUCAGAGAUUAUUUUCUGGAGGGAGAUCAGCGCUGGGUGACGACUGCAGGAAGUGCAUUACAUCUUUUACACUCCCUAUAUGGCCCGUUCUCAAAGGUGUAUGGGAUUGGACGAUGUGCCAAGAUGGUGUAUGAGUCAUGGAGGGAGCAGGUGGAGGACGGGGAGCAGAAAGCACAGCAACCUGAGAUUGGCAACGUUUUCCUCAUCGAUAGAGAUGUGGAUUUUGUUACUCCUCUGUGCUCUCAGGUGGUCUAUGAGGGACUGGUGGAUGACAUUUUUAGGAUUAAAUGUGGCAGUGUGGAGUUUGGGCCUGAGGUCACCUCCUCUGACAAGAGUAUAAAAGUGAUGCUCAACUCUCAAGAUAAGGUGUUCAAUGAAAUCAGAAACGAGCACUUCUCCAACGUAUUCGGCUUUUUGAGUCAAAAAGCUAGAAGCCUUCAAACGGCGUAUGACAAACGGCGUGGAAUGGACAUUAAGCAGAUGAAGACAUUUGUUUCAGAGGAGCUGAAAGGUCUGAAACAGGAGCACCGUCUUCUCAGUCUGCAUAUUGGUGCAAGUGAAUCCAUAAUGAAGAAGAAAACAAAGCAGGACUUCCAGGAAUUGCUAAAGACUGAACAUUCUUUACUUGAAGAUUUUGAGGUUCGGGAAUGUAUUGGCUUCAUUGAAGAACACAUUAAUAGACAGGUGUCUAUGAUCGAAAGUUUGAGACUCCUUUGUCUGUUGUCUCUUACUGAAAAUGGACUCCUGCCAAAAGACUAUCGGUCUCUAAAAGCUCAGUACCUCCAGAGUUAUGGCAUAGAGCACCUACUGACCUUUGCGAACCUGAGGCAGAUGGGACUGCUGGUGGAGCAACAGCCCGGAGAAGCACUAACAGUAGUGGAAAGCAAAGUGGGCAAACUGGUCAACGACAAGACAGUUGGAAAGCUGACUGAUGCGUUCUCCUCACUGGCCAAGAAGAGCAAUUUCCGAGCGUUGAGUAAAAAGCUGAUGCUUAUACCUAAGACAGGGGAGGAGUACGACCUCAGAGUCCCACGGGACAUGGCUUACAUCUUCAGUGGCGCGUACGUCCCUUUGAGCUGCAAACUGAUUGAACAGGUAUUAGAAAGAGAUGGCUGGACAGGGCUCGAGGAAGUCACCCGCCUGUUAAAUGGACAUGAGUUUGCAGUCACAGGAGGUACCAGUGGGACUGAAGCACGAAUCAAAACAGACCCUCAAAGGAUUAUUCUCGUGAUGUUCCUGGGAGGAUGUACAUACUCUGAAAUGUCUGCCUUGCGCUUUAUAGGUAGAGAGAAAGGCUAUAGGUUUAUCGUGGUGACAACAGCGAUCACAAACAGCUCCAGACUGCUGGAGGCUAUGUUGGAAUAUCAGGCUUGAAUUCUCCGAGAUUACUGUCCACACAGUGACCUGUCUGAAGGACAGAGCCUAGCUGAGCCGAGCAUUCCAGAUGACAUUUUACCCUCGAUUACAAAUGGACAUGAUCAUCAAUGAAGACAAAAGCACUACAUGACGUCAUUUCAGUGAAUGUGUGUUCAUGUUUCGUUUUGUAACACGGUAUGAUUGUGAAGUUGCAGGAACCCAAUGGCACUUGGGAGUUUUUCAUGCUGUGUCCAGUUGAUGCCACGAGUUCCACUGUGGGAAAUAAAUAUGUAUUUGUUUUUAUGUGUUUGCAUCAUGUAUCUGAAAUGUUCAUUCAUUAAUUCAGGUUCAUUCACCUCUUUUUCCUGGUCAGGGGCACUUCCAGGUGGAGCUUAUCCUGUGAACACUUGGGUGUGAGGCAAGAACACACCCUGGAUGUACCAUUCUCACACACACACACACAUAUGUACCCAAUUCCAAAAAAGUUGGGACGCUGUGUAAAAUGUAAAUAAAUGUAAAUAUAAACAG